AUACGUGUCUGUCCCUUAAUGCUUGUUGUUGUCCAGAUGCAGAAGUUUCUUUGGCUCUGAAGCAAAAGGGGGUUUAAUGCUCAACUCUAACUUAAUACUGUUUUGGGUGACUUUGACCCCUAGCUUGUGGGAAAAGAAGUUUCCUUUUCUUCCCCCCUCUCACUCACUCACUCUCCCUCCCUCUGCUUUCCUCUCUCUCUCUUUAUUUCUGUCUCUCUCUCUUUCUCUCUUACUCUGUGACACACACACUUGGAGGAGAGUGUCUGCAAAAAUUGCAUGCAGAUUUCUUUUUUUUUGCAUCAGGAGGUUGAAACUGGGAAGCAAAACCUCUCCUCCUCUCACCACGCUCAGCUGAACGGACUUCUCUUCUCUUCUGUGGAUGGGGUAACGGAAUAAGGAGAGAACAGGAGAGUGAGAGUCUUGAGGGGCUUCAGGAGAAGCACGUGGAUAUGGCACACACGGUGAAGACUCCACUGCGGAGGUCCUUCAGCGAGCAUGUGAAGGAUUCCACCAAUAAAGCCUGGGAUAUAUUCUGGAAAAGCGCAAGAGAGAAACGUCUAUCAGAGAUCGAAGCCAAGGAGGCUUGCGAUUGGCUGCGAGCGGCCGGCUUCCCCCAGUACGCGCAGCUUUUCAAGGAUUGCCGCUUUCCAAUCGACAUAGACUGGGUAAAGAGCGAUCAUGAAUUCCUGGAUAACGAUGCAAUAGAGUCUCUCUGCAGGAGAUUAGGCACCUUAAACAAAUGUGUGGAGAUGAAGCUGGAGCUGGGCAGAUUCAAAAGACGAGGUGACCAUGACGAACACGAGGAGCCAUGCGCCAUCAGUCCGAAGUGGUCCUAUGACAGCAAGAGUAGGCGCUGGGUUCGUACAGGUGGCAUGGACUUCUUGCCGUCUGUGGAAAGCCCUGUCCCAAGCCUCAGGAGGUCAGAGAGUUGUGAAGCUUCUUUGUCAGACAGUGGCGAACACCAUGAAAUCCUCUCCAUGCACAGCUCUAGUGAUGCUGACAGCGAUGGGGGCAGUACCACCCACAAAACUGCAGAAGAGCAAGAGACAAGCCGAAGUUCCUCCAGAUGUUCCUCCACCUACAAGCCCCUGUCCCCGGACAGCUCUUGCAGUGGGCCUCCAUCCCCAGGAGAGCCUCACAGUUUCAGUAGUGAAGAACGCCUUCCCGAGAAACCCCCUCUAAAGAAAGGACAGAGCCUCCUCCGAAAGAUGGAGAAGCUUCGGCUCAGAGGAUCAACCCUAAGACCUCAUGGUCAUGGCGGGAAAGCCCGACUAGUCAUCAGCAGUCCUGUACUUCAAGAGGGUCUAGGUGAGGACAAGCUAGAGCAGUUUCACUGCUUUGACAUUUCAGAACUCCAGGAUAAAGCUGGUAGCGCAUCUGGUUCACCGCCUUCGGACUCCAGCAGCAGUCCCUCCGAGAACAGCAGCGCCAUGAGCACCCCUAGCCCAGUCACGAAGAUCCGCAGUAACCGCAAACGGAUGGAAAUCCAGAACAAGGCGAAACAGGAACAGGAAGAUACUCAUAUCAGUGAUCAGGAACUCCAAAAUCAACGCAAUCUGGGAGCCAACCCUGUCUUCGAAGUUCCACAUGAUCAUAAGCCAGGCACUUUUCCAAUGGCUUUAAGCCACAACACCAUCCUCUCACCUAUUGACAACACCUCGGUCAACUGGAGGACUGGGAGCUUCCAUGGGUACCGUGGUCGAAGGUGUCGAAGCAGUGGUUCCAAAGACCAGGAAGCCCCCUGCAGCCCUUUGGCAACGUAUGAUCAUCGCGUCAGCAUUUACGACAACGUCCCAGAUCAUCUGCACAUCACAGAUGACGAUGUGUUUUCAGCCUUGGAUAGUGUAAUGGAACGUAUCAGUGGACUGCAGCAGUUGGUCACUUCAUGGACGGAAAAACUCUCUGAAUAUGGAGAUUCAGACUUCUCGCCCUCCAGCUCCCCUUCGCCCUCCUCGCUGACGGACAUCCACCUUGAGAUCAAAGAAACAGAUGAGGCAGAUCAGACCGGAUCAGAUCAGCAAAGCUACGACAAGAGUUCAGAGGCACCGUCAGAGACUGUUCAGCCAACGGAUCGUCCGUCUUGUGCUCGGAAGCUUCACUGGUCCAGCGAACAGACCUUCCUAACAAGUACCUCCACCAGCCCAGGCAUCGAGGCCCAGCCUGCUUCGCAUGUUUUAAUGCUGCAGAGAUUGAGCCUGCUCAGGCUCACUGCUCUGAUGGACAAACACUCACCCUUCAGCAAGCAAGGCUGGAACUGGACUGUGCCCAAAGUCUACAGGAAAACCAAAGCUUCUGAGCACAAGGGCAGGAAGGUGUUUGGGGUUCCUCUGCUCCAAAGUGUCCAGCAGUCAGGAAAACCUCUGCCUCCAAGCAUUCUUAGAGCUAUGGAGUACUUGAAGACCGAAUGUCUGGAUCAGGUUGGCCUCUUCCGGAAGCCUGGGGUCAAAUCUCGGAUUCAGUACCUGAGAGACAUGGUGGAGGCGGACCCUGACGGAUUUUCCUUCGAGGGCCAGUCAGCCUUUGAUGUUGCAGACAUGUUAAAACAAUAUUUCAGAGACCUACCUGAGCCCGUCUUCUCCAGCAAACUGUGCGAGAGCUUCCUACACAUCUACCAGUACUUCCCAAAGGACCAGAAGUUUGCAGCCGCCCAGGCAGCCAUCUUCCUCCUGCCUGAUGAGAACCGGGAGGCACUUCAGAGCCUCCUCUUCUUCCUCCGAGAAGUGGUGGCCUGCAUGGAAGAAAACCAGAUGACGGCUACUAAUGUCGCCGUGUGCCUGGCCCCUUCUCUCUUCCAUCUCAACGUCCUCAAGAGAGAGAGCACCAACAGCAGGUCAAGCCACAGGAAGUACAGCUUGGGAAUUCCGGACCAAAGGGAUCUAAGUGAGAACUUGGCUGCCACUCAGGGGCUGGAGCACAUGGUGGAUGAAUGCACUCGCCUCUUCCAGAUGCCACAUUACUGGGAGGAGCAUAACGCUAGCUUGUUACCUGAAGAUGCCCUCAACGUGGACGGAAGUUUGGGCUCUCCUCUCCACAGCGGUGAGGCCGACCUAUCGGAGCGUUCACGGCUAGAACUCACAGUACAGCAGCUCCUCAGGGAGGUUCGGGAGAAGCCCAAAGGCUGGGUGAGCUGCUCGACCCUCGACCACGUGGACGUGGCAUUUAAAAAGGUGGAGGACGCAUACCCCUUGUUGUUGUGGAAAGGCUCGGUGGAAGUGGAUGCCCCCCAGCAAGAAGUCCUUCAGCGCGUCCUGUGGGAACAUGGGCAGUGGCAGGGUGACCUCCUGCACAGCGAGGUGGUGGAGACCUUGGACAAGGAUGCGGAGGUCUACCAGUACACCCUGCAGGCCGCUGGGGCUCGGCCACCGCUGCAGCAUGUGCUGCUGAGGACCUGGAACUCUGAUCCUUCAUCAGGGCCCCUAUUUGCGGCAUCCACUUCAGUGGAACGCCCCAACAUCCAGGCCAGAGGCGUUAUGGCCCACGUCUUCUGCUGCCUGUUCCUGGUGGAGCCGAUGGGGGCCAAAAGGUCACGACUCACUCGCUUCUGCCGGACUGACACCGGGGGCCGAUCUCCAGAGUGGCACAAUAAGGUUGGUGGACACCUGCUUUCUUCCAGUCUGGUGGCAAUUAGGGACUCCUUCAGGCCCAAGAGCAAAGAACCCAGGGUGUGAAUCGCGGACUCUGGGAAGGGUGAGGUGAUUCGCUUGGCCCACGGACAGUUCGGCAAUCCCCGGAGCGAAACUACUUUUCAGCUAUUUUUCAGCAAAUAAGAAAGGAAUGGACCGAAGCUAAAUGUGCAAGAGCUAGAGCUAAUGGACAAAAGCUCCAAAUGUAUUAGCUCAAGCUACCUGUUUAUAGAAAACAAUGGACAAAAGCUGGAUGUGCAAGAGCUAGAGCUAAUUUGGCAAAGAAAGAAAGGAAUGGACAAAAGCUGGAUGUACAAGAGCUAGAGCUACUUUUGCUACGAAAUGAAUGGACUAAAGCUAGGCAAGCAAGAGGUAGAGCAACUCUUUACCAAAGAAAGGAAUGGAUAAAGCUGGAUGUGCAAGAAUUAGAGCUUCUUUUUCAAAGAAAGGAAUGGAUAAAGCUGGACAUGCAUGAGCUAGAGCUACUUUUGCUACGAAAUGAAUGGACUAAAGCUAGGCAAGCAAGAGGUAGAGCAACUCUUUUCCAAAGAAAGGAAUGGAUAAAGCUGGAUGUGCAAGAAUUAGAGCUUCUUUUUCAAAGAAAGGAAUGGAUAAAGCUGGACAUGCAUGAGCUAGAGCUACUUUUGCAAAGAAAGGAACGGACAAAAGCUUCAAAUGUAACAGCUCAAGCUACUUGUUAUAGAAAACAAUGGACAAAAGCUGGACAUGCAAGAGCUAGAGCUACUUUUCCAAAGAAAUGAAUGGAUAAAGCCAGAUAUGCAAGAACUAGAGCUACUUUUGCAAAGAAAGAAAGGAAUGGGCAAAAUAUGGAUGUACAAGAGCUAGAGCUACUUUUCCAAUGAAAGAAAGGAAUGGACAAAAGCUGGAUGUACAAAAGUUCUAGCUACUUUUGCAAAGAAAUGAAUGAACUAAAGCUAGGGCUAGAGCUAGAGCUAUUUUCCAAAGAAACAAAAUGGACUAAAGCAAGGAAAGCACAAGCUAGAGCUACUUCACCAAAGAAACGGAUGGAUAAAGCCAGACAUGCAAGAGCUAGAGCUACUUUACCAAAGAAAAAAAAGGAAUGGACAAAAGCUGGAUGUACAAAAGCUAGAGCUACAUUUCCAAAGAAAUCAAUGGACUACAGCUAGACAUGCUAGAUCUAGAGCAACUCUUUUCCAAAGAAAGGAAUUGAUAAGCUGGACUUGCAAGAGAUAGAGCUACUUUUUUUUUUUUUAACCGAAGUGAAACAUGCAAAAGCUCAAGCUACUUUUUAUAGAAAGAAAUGGAUAAAGCUGGAGCUAUAGAGAUGCUUUUUCAAAGAAAGGAAUUGACAUUAGCUAGACGUGCAAAAGCUUGAGCUACUUUUCCAAAGAAAGAAAGAAAUGGACAACAGCUAAACUCCAGCAAGAGCUGCACAGUUGGAAGAGUGUGAAAAAAAGUGGAACUCGGGGGACUCGGAAGUUGUUCCAAAAGAGAGGCAUUUUAAAUGCGGGGACAAUUCAGCCUGCAGAGUAGAAACAACAACAGUAUGAUGAGAUGUUCCAGGAGAGCCACUUAACUUGGCUUGAUCAAGACUGACAAGGGAGAUUGUCAGAGUAAUGAAACGUCUCAUCCCAUUUGAAGGGCUGUUCCACGGACUAAUGCAUUGCAAAGGUUGUCUCCAGCACUUCUUUUCUUGCCUCGCUCAUUUUUCUUUCCGUUUUUUUUUU